GUCCCGCCACAGACCGGGAGCCCAAGGUUGCGCCUGUGCCAUCGCUACCACUUGGACCGUUCAUCAUGAGUCCGGGGCCCCGUCUGCUGCUGCUUGCGGUGCUCUGCCUGGGGCUAGGUGCCCUCGUGUCUUCUUCGGGGUCCUCGGGUGUUCGAAAGCGAGGUCCCUCGGUGACGGCCAAGGUCUUCUUUGAUAUGAAGAUUGGAGACAAGGACGUUGGUAGAAUUGUCAUUGGCCUUUUUGGAGACGUUGUACCCAAGACGGUGGAAAACUUUGUGGCUCUGGCAACAGGAGAGAAAGGCUACGGCUAUAAGGGGAGCAUCUUCCACCGUGUCAUCAAGGACUUCAUGAUUCAAGGAGGGGACUUCACAGCUAGAGACGGCACUGGAGGUGUCAGUAUCUAUGGUGAGACAUUUCCUGAUGAGAACUUCAAAUUGAAGCACUAUGGCAUUGGGUGGGUCAGCAUGGCCAACGCUGGCCCGGAUACCAACGGCUCCCAGUUCUUCAUCACCCUGACCAAGCCUACUUGGUUGGAUGGCAAACAUGUUGUGUUUGGAAAAGUCCUGGAUGGGAUGACUGUGGUACACUCCAUAGAACUUCAAGCAACAGAUGACCAUGACCGCCCACUUACCGACUGCACCAUUGUCAACAGUGGCAAGAUUGAUGUGAAAACGCCCUUCGUGGUUGAGGUCCCUGACUGGUGACAGAAAUGGCGGAAAACAAGGAACACACUCUGGCUGGCCCAUGUGUUUACCUGGUAUCCACCAGCUCUCUUUUGACUCAUUAGAUACAUAAAGUUGUACUUAAAAAAAAAAAUGGUCUUUUAAUUUCUCAGUCCAGAUUGCAACAAAGAUUUAAAAAUCAACACACAGCCAGAUGUCCCAGAAAACACCUAUAAUCCCAGCAUUUGGGAGGUAGAGACAGGAUGU